AUGUCUGGCCCGUUUCAGAUUGGCAACGGCAUUCAAAUACCUUGCAAUGCUGCUCGCGUGAUGCUAAAGCUAGGUCUACUGGACCAGCUCAUCAAGACCUCGCAUGGCGUAUCUACAGGCACGAUAACGAUGAACUAUUCGGAUGGAAAACUCAUCAAUGAGCGAGAUUUCACGAAAUACAGCGAGCGAUAUGGCUCGCCCUGGCUACUCGCGCAUCGCGUCGAUUACAUGAACGUACUAUACACCGAGGCCUGCAGCCUAGGAGUCAAGUUCAUGUUCGGAUGCGAGGUCGAGGACAUCGACUUCGAUACCCCCAUGGCGCGACUCACCAACGGAGAACCCGUCCAUGGGGAUGUCAUCAUUGGUUGUGACGGAGUCAAGUCCGUUGUGAGAUCGGUCAUGCACCCUUCGAUAGAAACCGAAAACGACGAGUCGUUGGCCUACCGAGCCCUGUUCACCCCGGAGCAGGUCGCCAAACUCUCACCAGAGGCCGCAAAGUCGAUCAACCAUCCCGGCAAAUGCCUUUUCUGGCUGGGCCCUUACAUCCAGAUCGUUUUCUAUAGCCUCAGAGGUGGCUCUGUGUACAACCUCGUGGUGUCAGUUAUUGACGACGACCUCAACGCCAAGACCGAGAAUGGUGACAGCCUCGAACUUUUGCGCGAGAGAUUCGCGGAUUGGGAUCCCGCACUUCAAGAAUUGAUGGCUACGGCGGAAGGUGUAGCCCGCUUUCAGCUGCUCAAGGUUCAGGACCCGCCAUUCUGGUCGCGCGGCAAUGUAACCCUCAUGGGUGAUGCGGCACAUUACAUGCUGCCGUACCUCGGACAAGGAGCCGCGAUGUGUGCCGAGGAUGGGUUUGUGCUGGGCACACUUCUCGGCCGCAUGACUGAGCACGUGGACGGCCGUGACGGCGUGCAAAGCAGUCCCAAGGACUACGCUCGUGCUGUUCUCGAUGCCUAUGAGGGCCUUCGACACCAACGGCGGCUGCGCGUAGCCAAGUACUCUCGGACAGCAGGCGAGAUCAGCCACAUGCCUGAGGAGGAUGCGAAGCACAUCCGCGGUGAUGGAACCUAUAAUUACGACGAGGAGACGUGUAUUAGCGACUGGCCAUGGAUCGAUUCACGCUGCAUCAAGUUCCUGCUGCUGUACAAGGCCGACGAGGAGGCUGAGGCUGAGUUUGCUCGACUCGUCGAAUCUGGGGCCUUGGGCACCACGCCUGCGUAA